ACCAAGAGGUCGAUAUAGCUGGCAGUCACUGUCAGUGUCAGUCAUUACGCUGUCAUUCAAUGUCAUUGUCACUUUUGUUGAGUUGCUUUUAGGUUAUUAGUGAGCGUUUGUUUUUAUUUACAUUAUUUUAUAUCUUAUUAAUUAAUAGUUUAUAUUGUAAAUCUAUUCUAAGAAAUUAUUACCGCUAAUUUGGCCUUUCAAAAGACGUCCAAUAUGGCUGGACAAGGACACCAGUUCCCUGGAAACUUUCAGGGUAAUUCUGGUAACAUGAGAUCGAGUUUCGGCGUUGGCGGUGGACCCAUGGGCGGUCAGAUGCCAGGCAUGCCAAAUCAACUAACUGGUGUAAUGGGGGGUCCAAUGGGAAAUCCUGGUGGGAUGGUGGGAAUGGGGAACCAAAUGGUGCCACCUUAUGGAGCAGCUAUUCAGAAUCAAAUGGGAAAUAUGGGGAUGGCCCCACAGGGCAUGGGAGUAGGUGUGGGUGGUGCUCAAGGAGGUGGCCUUGGACCACAACAAGUGCAGCAACAAGUAAUGCCGGCGGGAGGCGCGGUGACGGCCGCGGCGCCGUCGCCCGCCGCGCCGCCCGCCGCGCCGCCCGCGCAGCCCAAGGAGUUCAACACAGCUUCUUUAUGCAAAUUUGGACAAGAGACAGUUCAAGACAUUGUCAGCAGAACACAAGAUGUCUUCCAGACUCUAAAAGCCAUUCAGCCUCCAAACGGAACACAACACGGCGAAAACGCCAGCAACGAUAAAAAGGCAAAGAUGCAAGAACAACUCAGGACAAUCCGACUGCUCUUCAAACGUCUUCGGCUUAUUUACGAAAAGUGCAAUGAGACAUGCCAGGGUAUGGAAUACACACAUAUGGAAAGUUUAAUUCCUUUGAAAGACGAGGCGGAAAAUAAGACAUUGGACGAGAGGAGGAACACUGAGUCAUACAGGCUUGCUUUGGAAGAGAAUCGGGAACUUACUGAACAGGUGGUGUUAAAAAAUAAGCAAUUGAAAGAAGUGAUCACUAAUUUAAGGACAAUAAUAUGGGAAAUUAAUGUGAUGUUAACGAUGCGGAGAUCCUAAUUAGGUUGUUUAAUAGAUAAGUGUAAUUUUAGGUACCUACCGCAUCACUACAUAGUAUAAAACAAAGUCGCUUUCUCUGUCCCUAUAUCCCUAUGUACGCUUAAAUCUUUAAAACUACGCAACGGAUUUUGAUGCGGGUUUUAUUUAUAUAUAGUUUGAUUCCUGAGGAAGGCUUAGGUGUAUAUUUUAUUAAGGUUUUACCUGAGCGAAGUAGGGACGGGUCGCUAUUUAUUCAUAAAAUGUUACAUACAAUUUUUUUUGUUACACUUAUGCUGUCUCAUUCUUUCAACUUUGAAAGAAAUAUAUUUGAAACAAAAAUAUUGUUGGAUAAGAAUAGACAUAUUUUAACUGAAAUUGAUUUUUAUGAAUAAUAAUGAUACAAAUUGAUGUAGGCUACCAGAAUAGGAUGCCUAAUUAUUUUGUUGACUAUACCUCUUAAAAUGUUGAUUUUUUUAAUUUUUGUCAACGAAUUUUAUAAGAAAUUAAUUAUUAUAAGAAAAGCAGAAGUAAGGUAUUAAUUACUUAACAUUUAGAUUUUGUUGUGCGUUGUAAACUUUCAAGUUUUUUUUAUUAUGUUGACAAUAAAAUAAUACUUCGUAUUUGUACUGGUAGCAUUAUAAACAUAGUGUAGUUAGAUGUAAAUGAAUGUUUGUGUACAUACCUCUGGAUUAAAGUAAAUAGUU